UGGUUCGUUUGUCAUUGUAUAUGUACGUUUUUUGCGUGGUAUAGUGUGAUAAAAAUUAGUGAUUGUGUCAUUUAUAUUGUUCAAUUAUCGUAUUUUUGUGAUCAAUUUAAUUUACCGUGAAAAUGAACCUAAGUUUUAUGCUAUUUUCCUAAACUGACGCUGAAUGGUUAUGCAGAAAGGGAAUAAGCAUAAGCCAUAACACUUGGUAUUUCAGGCGCAAUGCACAUAACAUGCUGUACACACUAGAGAGGGUGAGAGAGACUGAGGAAACAAUCUAUAUUGGCACAAUGAUCGAGUCAUUGCUUGAGGUUUCCAUUGAGUAAGUUUGUGGAAAUGGAACAUGGAAACUGAAAGUGAAACAAGUAGUGGUCUAUACAAUGUAAUGUGGCCGUGGAACCAUGAACAAAUUUAAAUAUUUGUAUAACUAGUGUGUGUUACUGUGCUAGUGAGUGUGCUGCUGUUUCUGUCACCAUGGACAGGCCAGAGUUGAUGGAGUUGUGAAUGAGCCGUCAUAGAAGGCAGUACCACAUUGAGGUCAGCAAUCGCCAUUCUGUGUCGAAGUGGCAUUGGCAGUGGCAGUGGCAGUGGCAGCAGUGCUAUCUAGUCCCACCUUCAACAACUAUGCCUAGUAAUAUGCCAGAGGAGUUGGAAAUGGAGGGGAUAGAUCAUGCUCUGGAAAGACUGAAUCAGCGCCGCUGGUGGAUCUGGAGUGUAUUCAUAUUGGCCAGCAGUCCUGGACUUUUCAAUGCCUACCACAUCAUGGUAUCCCUUUUCUUUGCCAGUAUACCACCUUACUGGUGCCGUAUACCCCAGCUGGUUGAUACUCACUGGACCAACGAUCAGAUCCGCAACAUCAGCAGUCCCACGGGUUUAACUGGGUCCAGCUGCUCUAUGAUCUCUUGGAACUACACAUAUUUGGCUACAAUGGAUUACAAGAGUGCUUUACAAUUUGUGGCCUCACACCCCAAGCCCAGUGAAUCCCCCUGCACACAAUUCAUGUACGAUGAGGAGGUGCCAUAUUCGUCUACUGUCAGUCAGUGGGAUCUUGUGUGUGACAACCUACCAAAGAAAUCCAACAUCCAGUCUUCUAUCGCUAUUGGUAAAUUCGUCGGUGGAUUCCUUUUUGGAUUUAUAGCAGACAAGUACGGACGCAAGAGCAGUUUUGUCUUGGCCAGUCUAACCUACAUUAUCAUGGGGCCAUUAGCUGCUUUCUCUCCAUCAUAUUGGCUGUUUAUAGUUGCACGUUUCUUUCUUGGUAUAGCAGGCUCAGGAUGUUAUGAAUCAGCUUACACCAUUCUAACGGAGGUGGCCAGCAAAGAUCGCAGAGCUGUAUUGGGAUGUGUCUACAACAUGUCUUAUCCUAUAGGCUACAUGACACUCUCCCUCAUUGCUCUAGUGUUCCCUACAUGGAGGUCACUGCAGAUGGCCAUCUCUCUCCCCAUGCUGCUUCUUUGUAUACAUUGUUGGUUCCUGCCAGAGUCACCACGGUGGUUGCUGACACAGGGACGCCAGAUUGAAGCUUGGGCUGUUAUCAAGAAUGUUGACAAAUCUGUUGUGCCUCCUCUCUCGGAAGACAUCACUAAUGUUCAGAGAGAAGAAGGACCAUUUGUUCCCUUGCACAAGAGAAUAUUUGACGGGUUCCGCAAAUUGUUUGGCCUGUUUUCAACAGCUGAAUUAUGUCGAAGAAUAUGUAUCUGUUACUUAACAUGGUUCAUAGCAGCCUUAUCAUACUACGUUCUAGCUCUAAACGCAGACAACUUCUCAUCCAACCGCUACAUUUACCUGGCACUCUCAGGCUUGGUGGAAGCCCCAUCGUAUGUGCUACCUCUCAUCAUACUGUCGUGGUUUGGACGCAAAUUUACGGGAGCAUUGCUGUUCCUUGUCUCAGGAGUGUCACUGAUUGCAAUACUGUUUAUUUCAGCUGAAAACAAGUUAAUGAUCUUGAUAGUGGCAUUAUUGGGAAGGUUUGCUGAUAGCGCAGUGUUUGCUGUCAUCAUUCUUCACACAUCAGAAUUGUUCCCUACAUCCAAUAGGAACACUGCAAUUGGCACAUCUCUUGCAGUAUCUCAGCUGGGUUCAAUCUUUGCUCCAUAUGUUGUCGACAUUAUGGGCAGAUAUGCUUGGUACAUUCCCAGCACUCUGUGUGGAGGCUUGGCUGUGUUCUCAGCUUUGCUGACUCUUCUCCUGCCAGAAACUCAAAACAAACCUCUUAUGGACACUAUUCAAGAUCUCAAAAAAGCACCUAAGCGGGACCACGUCUCCAUCCGCAACUGUUGCAACUUUUCCUGAUCAUCCUUGUAUGUUGUAUAAUAAACUAUUUAUUUUUGUUA